AUGGUUUGCAAGGUCGCACCGAAGGAUAUUACUCCUACGCACAGGACAGUUAACGACGCUCAUGAACAAAACCACGGCGUGGCGGACUACGAAACAGCCUUGGACUCCGCAGUCUUCGGAUCAGAUGAAACUAAAUUGAAGUCUGAUUUAAUCGGUUGUGUUGAAUAUAAUGAACGACACACAAGCGAAAAUUUAAAAGCCUUUCUAUGCGAUGUAAUGGCAGAAUGGAAUAUAGCCGACUAUACAACAGCUAUUGCGAGUGACAAUGCAGCCAACAUUACUGCUGCAAUAAGAGAUACCGGUAGAUGGCAUAUACCAUGCUUUGCGCAUUCAAUUACUUUAUGUGCAAGCCGCUCUGACGACUCUAUCGGAAACGUUGGUCAAGGUUAA